UCCCGAGCUGGCGGCGGGCGAGGAGGGAUGGCGGGCAGGCGGCGGCGGCAGCGGGGCCGGGGGCGCGGCACCGGAGAGAGCGCACAGUCGCAGAGGAAUGAGGAGGUGCACUGCUCAAACCAUGGUGCAACACAUAAGCUCAUUCUCUCCCCUGAUGGGAAGCUUUCUGAACACUGGGCUGAAGUUUCAGGAGACUGCCCCAAGACAAGGCUGGUGAAAGAACUGGAAAACCGAAUUAUUGUUCAAAUAGCAUGUGGGGACCAGCAUGCCAUGGCAUUAUCCAGAGGGGGUGAGCUCUUCACCUGGGGCCAGAACACCCAUGGACAGCUUGGAGUGGGGAGCCAAACCACGCUUACUCCUGAACCACAGCUGGUGGAAAGACUAAAGGGCAUCCCACUUGCUCGGAUUGCUGCUGGAGGAGCUCACAGCACCACCGUGUCACUCUCUGGAGCUGUGUUCUCCUGGGGAAAGAACAGUUUUGGACAGCUGGGACUCGGAGACACAAAAGACAGGGAUUGCCCAACAUAUGUUGGAGCUUUAGAGCACUGGAAGACUGUAUUUAUCUCAUGUGGGGGAGAUCACACUGCAGUUCUCUCCAAGGAGGGGCUGGUGUGCACCUUUGGAGCAGGAGAGUCUGGCCAGCUGGGUCACAACUCCACCCAGAAUGAACUCCUGCCUCGUGUGGUGGCUGAGCUGUGGGGAGCAAGGGUUUCACACAUUGCCUGUGGCAGACAACACACCCUGGUCUAUGUCCGUUCCUUGGACAAAUUCUAUUUCUUUGGUUCUGAUGAUGAAGGAGAACUGGAAGAUGAGAGGAAGCCCAGUCAGUUGAUACCACUUCCCAUCAAUUCACCAGUGAAUACUGGAAAAUCCUACCAGAAAAAGGGUGCAUCAGAAACGGGGAUUAAAAUUACUAAAGGAAUACAACAAAGUUUUGCCCGUUGCAAGGAGGAGAACAAGAAUUCAUAUUUGAAUGGAAUUGCCACUCUGGAGGAUAAAGAAGUGGAUGCAUGGAUUUCUAAUUCUAAAUGUCGUGAGAGUAUAAAAAGGGAUAUCAAACUGAUCUUUUCAUCUGAGGCUUGCAUCAAUGGAAGCUUCCUGGACAAAAGCGACAAACAUUUCAAAACUUCCAAAGAAGUCUCAGGCAUAGACAUGUCAAAAGUGAAACGUUUUUAUGAGAAGAUCAGUAAAAACCAAAGAGUCUACGAGGAGGUGCAAAUGGGGAUUAGGAACUUACUGUCAUCAUUGUCUUCCUCUCCCAUCUCACCUGAAAAUUUCAGAGUCUACUUGAUCCUGCCUUUUCUUCUAAGGGAGGGGGAUGAAUUCCCUGUCCUUUCUCUGAUUGUUCUGGCUGAAGCCAUCAUGAAGCUCCAGCCAGAAGGCCUGCAAACUCUUGAAUGCCUAUGGUCAAAUCUAGAAACAUCCUUUUUCAAGGAGCUGGUCAUUCUGUAUCAGAGGGCUUCCCAGAAAGUUCUGUUCUCAUUUGUCCAGGAGUUCAAAGCCACGGGGCCAAACCGCCUCUUCAACCUGGACCCGCUUGAAAUUGGGCCUAUGCAAAUACUGCAGAUGCUUUACCAGGUGAACUCCAGAACUGGUUUUGGAGUACAUGAAAGCAUCUUCCAUGUACAUGCAGUGAGAGAGAUUAUCGACAUAUGUUCAUUCUUCAAUAUAGUAAUAGUCCUACAGCAGCUGAGCAAGUACCCAUGCAUCUUUGACAGGGAAAACAAGAUAAGCCUUCAUACUACAGAAUGCGAGGCUCUGGCCAGAGUCUUUACUAUACCCUUUUUAUGGACCCCUGAGGCAUGGAAUUUUUGUGUCAGAAGACAAUGCCUUCUCCAAGACAUAUGGAAAAAUUUAAAAUCUGCCUCAAACCAAGAUUUCAGGAAGAUGUUAAAGGUGUCUUUUGUGGGUGAGCUGGGGGUGGACGAAGGUGCAGUGUCCCAGGAGCUCUUCAGCAUUGCGGCCAGGACUCUCUGCCAGCCCAGCACCAGCAUCUUCUGCCACUUCCCCUCCGGCCUCGUGUGGUUCCCCAGACAGGUUCCAAGCUGUGAGGAUGAGGACAUCUUCCUCUUGAUCGGGACACUGUGUGGAAUGGCCCUGUUUAACCAGCGCACGGUGCCCUUCCCCUUCCCCAGGGCUCUCUACAAAAAGCUACUGGACGUGGCCCCCACCCUAGAGGACCUUGAGGAUCUGCUGCCAACCGUGGGCCAGAGUUUUCGGAUAAUUUUGAAUGAAGAAAGUGAUGAUAGCUUGGACUUGAACUUCACGAAAAUGGAAGAAGAUUCCACGGAUGUUGUUGAACUUAAAGAAAAUGGUGCUAACAUUCCCGUCACUAAGGAUAACAGGAAAGAAUAUGUUGAUUUGUACGUGAAUUAUAUGUUCAAUAAAUCAGUACAGAAGCCAUUUGAGGACUUUAUGCAAGGGUUCUUAAGAGGCUGCCCAGCUAGAAAUUGGAAGAUAUUUUUCCCUGAAGAGCUGCAGGAUCUUCUCCAAGGACGCACAACGUUUGACUGGCAUCUGCUGGAAAAGAAUGUGAUAUACAUGAAGUAUGAGAAGACAGAUCAAACCAUCAGGAAUUUUUGGACUGUGUUUCACAAGCUAUCAGAAGAAAAAAAGAAACUGUUUCUUGUUUUUUUGUCAGGAUCCGAUCGCAGCUCUGGCUAUAGACUGGAACCUUUUAGAUUUCACAUUGCAGAUCCUCAAGCAGAAAAUCCAGAUGAGAGCUCUCCUUCUGUCAGUACUUGCCAGCUGGUUUUGUUCCUCCCCAGAUAUAGCAGUAAAAAAAUACUCAAAAAGAAGUUGCUUUAUGCCAUAGAGCAUAAUGAAGGUUUUGGCUGUGAAUGACUCUGGGAUAGAAGCACUUAAAAGCAAAAAGAAGAAUAUGAGUCUUUGUUCACUUGCCAUCUUUUCUCUUAGUAACUCCAAUUUACUGAUUUCUACCCUGCCUUAUUUCUACUGCACUUUAUAAACACCUGAGUGUGUGUAUUUGCUGAGAUUUUACAUUGCUUAUAAAACUGAACUUCAACCAGAUAUUUCAUAGUUACGAUUGUAAAGUUAGGCAAGAUUAAUCCUGUUUGGCACACUUCAGAGAAGCAAGCUGAUAGCCAAGCAUAUUUACAUAUACGUGCAAGCAGGGUCUGCACUGUUCUGGUUGUGUUAGGACAGUGAGCUCCCAGCAGCAGGGAUUCUGUGAUUUGUACAUUUAUGCAUUAGCAACCACCAGGAUGUGCUAAGCAGUCACCCUUGCAAAGCAAAGCUGGGGUAAGGUUUUCAUCUGUGUUACUUAAGGGUUCUCUUGGGAGCAACUAACACAUUUAAUGACAUUGUGAAAUGAAGGAGCAGUCUGUGCUCACCUGAAUAUGGUCAGUGAUUUAUCUGAGAGAAAUUCAUAGGAGGAUUUGAUCAUUCCUAGACUUUUUCAAAAGCUGUAUUAAUGAAUUACAAUAAUACAAUUUUUUGUUAUUUAGUGUGAUAGUUGUGAUAUUUGUCAUGUUUCUGUAUCUCUUCUAAGGAGAUGUUUCGUAAUUAAAUCAUAAAAUCUUAGGCUUGCAGAACAGCACUGUCUACAGAGCCCUGUGUACAUGAGGCUGGCAGGGCUUCAGGAAUCUCAUUGUCAAAACAGUGCAGAGCACUGGCAGGAUAUUAACCAUGUCAGGCAGGCUGUGUGUUUGCUGUGUAUUUUGCUAUGUGGAGAGAGGGAGAGAAACAACAGCCAUUAUUUUUCAAUAGUCUUCUGUUUGGUGCAUUAAAUGUGUCAGGGAACAUCCAUAUGUAAAGAAGACUUCCACUGUCUUAAAUUAAAUGAUGAUGGAUUAAAUUUUCA